CAUCACCCUUUCUCUCUUAACACACCCAUACCCCCUCUCAACUCUGUGACUCUCUCUGUGUUUUCGAUUCAUUCUCUCUCUGUAGCUUAAAUUCCGGCGAGUCUAGGGUUCCGGCGAGUAUAUUUACGAUGGGUUCGUCGUUGCUGCCAGAUCUGGCGACGGAGAUUGUGAUUCCCGUAUGCGCGGUGGUCGGAAUCGUAUUCUCACUGGUCCAGUGGUUCUUGGUCUCUCGCGUCAAGGUCUCCGUUGAUCGGAACGGUUCGGCUCCGGCGAACAACAAGAAUGGCUACAAUGAUUACUUGAUUGAAGAAGAGGAGGGUGUCAAUGACCACAGCGUCGUCGUUAAGUGUGCCGAAAUCCAAAAUGCCAUAUCCGAAGGUGCAACAUCCUUUCUAUUUACUGAAUAUCAGUAUGUGGGUAUUUUCAUGGUUGCUUUUGCAAUAUUAAUAUUCCUUUUCUUGGGCUCUGUUGAGAGUUUUAGCACAAAGAGUCAGCCUUGCACCUAUAACCCUCAUAAGAUGUGCAAGCCAGCACUUGCCACUGCUCUAUUCAGCACUAUCUCCUUUGUGCUUGGUGCUGUCACCUCAGUUGUGUCUGGUUUCCUUGGGAUGAAAAUUGCAACCUAUGCAAAUGCAAGGACAACUUUAGAAGCAAGAAAAGGUGUUGGGAAAGCUUUUAUCACCGCAUUUAGGUCUGGUGCAGUUAUGGGUUUUCUCCUUGCUGCUAAUGGCCUCUUGGUCCUGUAUAUUGUCAUCAAUCUCUUCAAACUGUAUUAUGGCGAUGACUGGGAAGGACUUUUUGAGGCUAUUACUGGUUAUGGUCUCGGUGGAUCCUCCAUGGCUCUUUUUGGGAGAGUUGGUGGAGGUAUCUACACUAAGGCUGCUGAUGUUGGUGCUGACCUUGUGGGGAAGGUCGAGAGGAACAUUCCAGAAGACGACCCAAGGAACCCAGCUGUGAUUGCAGACAAUGUUGGUGACAAUGUGGGAGACAUUGCUGGCAUGGGGUCUGAUCUUUUUGGUUCAUAUGCUGAAUCGUCUUGUGCUGCACUUGUUGUGGCGUCUAUCUCCUCCUUUGGAAUCAAUCAUGAGUUCACGGCAAUGUGUUAUCCCUUACUUAUUAGUUCUAUGGGCAUCCUUGUUUGUUUGAUAACCACCCUCUUUGCAACUGAUUUCUUUGAAAUCAAGGCUGUCAAGGAAAUUGAACCAGCAUUGAAAAAGCAGCUCAUUAUCUCCACUGCUCUAAUGACCGUGGGAAUUGCAAUAGUUACCUGGGUUGCAGUGCCAUCAUCCUUCACAAUUUACGAUUUUGGUGCUCAGAAAGUUGUGAAGAACUGGCAGCUGUUCUUGUGUGUUGCUGUUGGGCUUUGGGCUGGACUUAUCAUAGGGUUUGUGACAGAGUACUACACUAGUAAUGCUUACAGUCCUGUGCAAGAUGUUGCCGAUUCCUGCCGGACUGGAGCUGCCACUAAUGUUAUCUUUGGCCUUGCUUUGGGAUAUAAAUCUGUCAUCAUCCCAAUCUUUGCCAUUGCAAUCAGUAUUUUUGUUAGUUUUAGCUUUGCUGCUAUGUAUGGUAUUGCAGUGGCUGCCCUUGGCAUGCUUAGCACCAUUGCUACUGGGUUGGCUAUUGAUGCUUAUGGCCCUAUCAGCGACAAUGCUGGAGGAAUAGCUGAGAUGGCUGGCAUGAGCCACCGAAUCCGAGAGAGAACUGAUGCCCUUGAUGCUGCCGGAAACACCACUGCUGCCAUCGGAAAGGGAUUUGCUAUUGGAUCUGCUGCACUGGUGUCAUUGGCACUCUUUGGUGCAUUUGUGAGUCGUGCUGGAAUUUCAACCGUUGAUGUUCUCACCCCAAAGGUCUUUAUUGGGUUGAUUGUUGGUGCUAUGCUUCCUUAUUGGUUCUCUGCCAUGACCAUGAAGAGCGUGGGAAGUGCAGCUUUAAAGAUGGUUGAGGAGGUACGAAGACAGUUCAACACCAUUCCUGGUCUCAUGGAAGGCCUUGCCAAGCCUGACUAUGCCACGUGUGUCAAAAUCUCUACCGAUGCUUCCAUCAAGGAAAUGAUUCCACCUGGUGCCCUUGUCAUGCUUACACCCCUCAUUGUUGGAACCUUUUUUGGUGUUGAGACGCUCUCUGGUGUUCUUGCUGGCUCCCUUGUUUCUGGUGUCCAGAUAGCAAUAUCAGCAUCCAACACCGGUGGUGCAUGGGACAACGCAAAGAAGUACAUUGAGGCUGGUGCCUCGGAGCACGCAAGGACCCUUGGUCCAAAGGGAUCUGAACCACACAAAGCAGCUGUGAUUGGUGACACUAUUGGCGACCCUCUUAAGGACACAUCAGGCCCAUCACUCAACAUUCUUAUCAAGCUAAUGGCAGUUGAGUCGCUUGUGUUUGCUCCCUUCUUUGCCACUCAUGGCGGCCUGCUUUUUAAGAUCUUCUGAGGGGAGAUUUUACGUCUACCUUGUAGCAGUAUCUCUUCAUUCUCACCUAGUUUUUUUGCGCAUCUCUCACAAAUUCUCCCCCUGCAUCUAUAUUCUUCCCUAAGCGUGGGAUUUUUAAGUUAGGUAGAGGCAUUUUUUUAAAGAGCUGAUAAUGAUGAUGAUGAUAAUUGUGAUGGUAAGGAUGACGCUGCAAAUUGUCAAAUUCUUAUCAGAUGAGAGUUUUAAGAUUGUAUGUCCUAGUUUUCUUCACGGUUUCUAGAACAGCUUGUUUUUUUAAUUUUCAUUGUAAUGGCAUCUUUUUUUACUCAAGGAAGAAGACAUGGACAGAAUAGAUGCUUAACAUUUUCUAGUUCACAUUUUUUUUGAGUUCAUGAAUGCUUUUUGGAGGUUUUACCUGUGGCUA